GGCAAGAUGCCUCGCUUUCACAUCAUCAGACAUCGGUAGUGGGGACGCGGAUAUCGUGGAGACCUGAGUGCACGGUGCCUCACGCAGAGUGCCUGCCUCAGUGCGUCCGCUAUGCUGCACAGUGUAGCCAGUCUUCGCAGCGUUCCCUGGUGUUCGUUUUAGUUGUGUAUAUCGCAUCCAAGGCUAUGUAAAGAUGUUCGGGCAAAAUUUUCCUGCGCAACCGGCAUCGUUCUUGACUGCAGCGCUGCCGCACUCUGGUGACAGUCUAUGUAACACUCGGCUAUAGAGCGUUGCGAGUGAUUGACCUUUCGGUGACUUUCUAUGCUCCUCCUUGCAGUAUGCGUUGAUGCUGCCUGCUCUCUUUGCACGCGUUGCGAAAUCCACGAUUGUUGGCAGCCGUGAAGACGUCAACGUUUCGAAGCUGCUUGGCUUUCACCAGUCUCGGAAAACUUGCCGCUGGCCCUAUACUUUUGGUUGUCCCCGUCGGAUAAAGAAAGGCGACGCAGUCGACCAGCAAGUCAUUUCUGUUAAUCGACAAUGUCGAGUUCGACGCACUCCGACAUGUGCGACGUCUACGUCUGCCUCCAGCCGACCCAGCAAACGGGUUCCGCUAGCGCGAACGUGCUGUCGUACUUCGGUUCGUGGUGGUCGGGAAGUGCGCGCGACGAUUCGAGGGAGAAGCACUGGCUGGCGGUCUUCGACUACGGCGAGGACGCGGUGACUGUUUUAGACGCCUACACGGACGACGCGGGGAACGUGACGGGACGCAAGUGCUGGAGGACGCGGACGGUCUUCAAUAACAUCUAUUCGAACAAGAGGCAUCUGGGAAAGCACCGUGUUCCGGAGGCGCGCCUCUAUGAGGUCAUGCGAGAGACGUGCAACAAGGGCCCCUACCACCCGACGAACAACAACUUCCAGAUGUGGGCCAACGACCUGCUGCUUCGGCUCGGCAUAGAGCCACCUUUGGAGGAGCGCGACGGUUAACCCGUCUUUCACCGAGCAAGCCUCCCUUGCCUGUUUGCCUAGCUAAAUUGACUUGCGCACUGCCGUGCAUAUGCUGCCAGCUUUAUUUUUCACCGGAUAUAUAGGCUCCCUCUCAAGGGCGCUUGCUUAAUUAAAGAUACCACUAAAUUUGUA